AUGGCAUACUAUAGCGAUCAAGACGAUUAUAAUGAUGAUAUCCCUGAUUUUCAGGAUGAAGCUGAAUUCGAUGACUAUUUAAAUGAUGAAGAAUAUGACUUAAUAAAUGAUACGUUCCCUAAUUUAAAGAAGAGAAUGACUGAAGAUAAUUAUAUUGGGUGGAAAAAUCUAGAUGUAAAAUUGGCAUUGUUCGAUAACGAUUUCGAUUCUGAAGCAGCUUUUUCCUCCUUAAGAAAACAAUUCAAAAAGAAAAAGAAACAAGUUGAACCAUCUGCACCAACAACUAAUUCUGUUUCCACAAAGAAUAUAACUGAAAAUCUGAAUGAAUUGAAUAUAAAGGCCAAUGCUGAUGAUUGGUUAGAUGAAGAAGAAGAUGAGGAAGAAGAAGAAGAAGAAGCACGUAGAAAGGCUAAGAAAGAGAAAGAAGAAGCCGCGGUGAAACAUUACAAGAAGGUUACUGUACCAAAAAAACCAAGAAAUCCUAUUGAUAUUCCAAAAUAUCUGGAGAUUUGCAAGCCACAUUUAAGUUUCGUUGUACUUGGUCAUGUCGAUGCAGGUAAAUCUACAUUGAUGGGCCGUCUUUUAUAUGAUAUCGGUGCUGUUGAAACUGGGAAGAUUAGAAAAUUGAAGAAAGAGAGUGAAAGUAUAGGUAAGGGUUCCUUCCAUUUAGCUUGGGUUAUGGAUCAAACAGCCGAGGAAAGAGAGCGUGGUGUUACUGUGUCGAUAUGUACUAGUGAUUUUGAAACUGAAAAAUCCAACUUUACUAUUGUCGAUGCACCAGGUCAUAGAGAUUUUGUUCCAAAUGCAAUUGCAGGUGUCUCUCAGGCUGAUGUUGCUGUCCUAUCUAUUGAUUGUGGUACAGAUGCCUUUGAAAGUGGGUUUGAUCUAGACGGUCAAACUAAAGAACAUACUAUUCUGGCGAAAAGUAUGGAUGUAAACUUCAUUAUUGUAGCGAUGAAUAAAAUGGAUUCUGUUAAUUGGUCCCAUGAGAGAUUCAACGACAUUAAACAAAAGCUAGGUUCUUUUUUCAAAGAUUUAGGAUUUCGUGAAGAUCAAAUCAAAUGGGUACCGUUAAGUGGUUUCUCAGGUGCUGGUGUAUACAAGAGUCCAUAUCCAAGUGAACAAGAUUGGUACCAAGGUCCAAAUCUGGUAAGUACCUUAGAAGAGGUCGCCCAUCAUGUAGGUACUGAAGCUCAUAAGGACGUUAUUGAUCAUCCAUUCUUGUUCUCUAUAUUAGAAUUAAUCAAUUCUAAGAAGUCUGACGAAGCUGUUGUAUCUGGUAGAGUCGAAUCUGGUUCCAUUCAGCCAGGUGAAGCGAUUACAAUCUACCCAUCCGAACAGAGUGUACUAGUAGAUAAGAUACUGACUGGAAGAGAAAAAGUGCAGACACAUAUUGCUACUAAGGGUGAUUUUGUGACUUUGAAAUUACGUCAAGCAUUCCCUGAAGAUAUUAGAAGUGGUGAUUUAGGUGCUUCUGUUGAUUAUGAAAUUAGUGCAUCUGAAAACUUCAAGCUACAAAUGCUAACAUUUAAGAUGAAUAGACCACUAUUACCAGGCACUCCAAUAAUGUUAUUCAGAGGUGUUGUUGAGCAACCAGCUAGAAUAAAUAAACUUGUGGCAAUUAUCGAUAAGAAAGAUCCAAGUGUUAUAAUUAAAAAUAAGGUUAGACAUUUGGCCUCCAAUCAAGCAGCCAUUGUUGAAAUUGAAUUAACAGAAAGGAAGAGACAAAUCCCAAUGUUAAGAUUCGAUGAAAAUAAACAUUUGGGUAGAGUUGUACUAAGAAAAGAUGGCAGAACAAUUGCCACUGGUAAGGUGUUGGAUCUAUGA